AUGACAUCAUUAGGCUGCAGUCCCCCACUCGACAUCCUCGUAAGAACGAGCGGGGUCAAACGGCUGAGUGAUUUCAUACUGUGUCAGUGUUGUGAAGAUACUCAGAUCCAGAUCUCUUCAACUUUCUGGCCGGACCUCCUUGAUUUUGUACCUAUAAUCCUCGACUUCCAACGGAAAGCGGGGGGAAGUCGGAUAUCUCUGAAAUGA